CCGAUCUGAGCUCUGGGGCCACCUUUACGCCUGCUGCCGCCCAGCUGCCCAGGAGCCUGGGAGUCCAGCCAGGCACUCAGGACUCCUGCCUGCCCCGCUAUGUUCUUGGCAUCCACCACCUCAGCUGUGCCCCGGCACCUCUCUCAACCUACCACAGCAGGCAAUGGCAGCGAAGGGGAGCUGUGGACUGCCCGGGACCCGCUGCUAGCCCAGGCAGAGCUGGCACUGCUCUCCACCGUCUUUGUGGCCGUGGCCCUGAGCAACGGCCUGGUUUUGGGGGCCCUGGUGCGGCGGGGCCGGCGGGGCCGCUGGGCACCCAUGCACGUCUUCAUCGGCCACCUGUGCCUGGCCGACCUGGCCGUAGCUCUGUUCCAAGUGCUGCCCCAGCUGGCCUGGGAUGCCACCGACCGCUUCCGUGGGCCUGAUGCCCUGUGCCGGGCAGUCAAGUACCUGCAGAUGGUGGGCAUGUAUGCCUCCUCCUACAUGAUCCUGGCCAUGACGCUGGACCGCCACCGUGCCAUCUGCCGCCCCAUGUUGGCACACCGCCAUGGGGGUGGCACUCACUGGAACCGGCCAGUGCUGCUGGCCUGGGCCUUCUCGCUGCUCCUCAGCCUGCCCCAGCUCUUCAUCUUUGCCCAGCGUGACGUGGAUGGCAGCGGGGUCCUCGACUGCUGGGCCCACUUUGCCGAGCCCUGGGGCCUCCGCGCCUAUGUCACCUGGAUCGCCCUGAUGGUGUUUGUGGCGCCUGCCCUGGGUAUCGCUGCCUGUCAGGUGCUCAUCUUCCGGGAGAUUCAUGCCAGCCUGGGGCCGGGGCCGGCGCCAAGGGCCGGCGGGCCCCACCGAGAGUGCCGGCCGGGCGGCCCUGCCGAGGGAGCCCGGGUGUCGGCGGCCGUGGCCAAGACUGUGAGGAUGACUCUGGUGAUCGUUAUAGUGUACGUGCUGUGCUGGGCGCCCUUCUUCCUUGUGCAGCUGUGGGCCGCGUGGGACCCGGAGGCACCACGGGAAGGGCCGCCCUUCGUGUUGCUCAUGCUGCUGGCCAGCCUCAACAGCUGUACCAACCCCUGGAUCUACGCCUCCUUCAGCAGCAGCGUCUCCUCCGAGCUGCGAAGCCUGCUCUGUUGCACCUGGAGGCGUGCCCUGCCCAGCCCGGGGCCCCAAGAGGAGUCAUGCGCCACAGCCAGCUCUUUCCUGGCCAAGGACAACCCCUCCUGAGAAAUCGGGGCAGCAGUGGGGGCGGGGGGCGGGGCAUGGAGCUGCUCUCCUCUAGAGGCUCCACGGAACUCAGCUGACCACCUACAAACUGGCUCCGCAGGAGCCUGGCCGAGACAUGUGGCUGGCCAGUAGAGGUCCCGAGGGCCCAGGGGGCGGAAAAAGGAGGUUGGGCCAGGGACCAUCCUUGUCCCCACUGUC